UUGUAUCGCAUUUCUCUUUGUACCAAUAAAAUGGGGCGAGCCUUUCCUCCCAAUAGAUUAUCUCCGCAGUCUCCCCUUCCUCCAAUGUCCAAGCAUCCCCCAACAGGUCCAACAAAACACAGCAAUCCACGUGCAAGCAAAGCGCGCCCUACUCUCACAAAAUGACGCAUGUUCUUCAAGCUUCGACGCCUUUGCACACACUCUCCAAAAGACUUUCUUUUUCCUCUACCCUCACUCUGCUUCACACUCACCGGUGGAGACCCUUCUCUUGCCAAAUGUCCGCCGAGUCGUCCCCACUGACUCACUCUACCACCCUCCCGAUUCAACUCGCUGAACCCGUCCAGAUCGUCGCCGCGCCUGGCAUCUCCGUGUCCGAGUUCAGGACUGCUAUUAAUUCCUCCUUGUUCAAGCAGUGGUUAAGGAACUUGCAGAGUGAAACUGGAAUUUUAGCUGACAAUGCCAUGUCUCUGAAACGUGUACUUAUCCAGGGAGUAGAUAUGUUUGGAGAGCGCAUCGGGUUUCUCAAGUUCAAAGCAGACAUUUUUGAUAAGGAAACUGGAAAAAAGGUUCCAGGUAUUGUAUUUGCACGAGGACCGGCUGUAGCCAUACUGAUCCUCUUGGAGUCAGAUGGUGAGACUUAUGCUGUUCUUACUGAACAGGUUAGGGUCCCUAUUGGGAGGCUUAUUUUGGAAUUGCCUGCUGGAAUGUUGGAUGAUGACAAGGGUGAUUUUGUUGGCACUGCAGCUCAAGAGGUUGAGGAGGAGACUGGUAUACACAUAAAUCUAGAAGACAUGGUUGAUCUCACAGCCUUCCUGGAUCCAUCCACUGGAUGCAGAGUCUUUCCUUCUCCGGGAGGUUGCGAUGAAGAAAUUAGCCUGUUUCUGUACAGAGGGCAUGUGGAUAAAGAGACUAUCAUGCAACUCCAAGGAAAAGAAACAGGGCUUCGUGACCAUGGUGAGCUGAUUAAGGUUCGUGUGAUUCCCUAUAAAAACCUAUGGCGCAUGACAGCCGAUUCAAAGGUUCUAAUGGCCAUUACUCUCUACGAAAUGGCCAAGAGAGAAGGUCUACUACCUCAAUGAAGACCCAAGUGCUUAUAUCUUUUAUCGGACGCAAGGACAGUGCUUCUCAUCGGUGCUUAUUUUCGUGCUGUGGUUCUACUUUUCGGUUGCUGCAGUAGGUGUUCCCCUCAAACUGCUAGUUCCAGCAGUCAAUCCAAUGGGCAGGGCCAUUCAUUAACCUAUUUCAAAUGGUUUUUAACAUAUUCCAAAUAGUUGCCCACCCCUUUGUUUUCUUUUGUUGCAACGUUUCCCUUUACCUUUUCCUUUACUGAACAGAGAAAAAGAAGCCGCUGAACUUUUCAUGUGGCGUUGGAGUACUCACCAGCUUCUGGUUUAUGGAAUGAUUUGCUCUGCCGAUUAACUAUCACUUGCAAAACAUUGUUGUUGUCAAAUGAAUGAUCAUUUCUUAA